CCUCAUCGUUUUGUUUGAUCGCAACAUCAUGUCCGGUAGCGUAGAGAGCCAAUCUAUCAGGCUUGAAGUUAUCGGUGGACAUAAUCUCCAAGUCCCUUCUUGGCGCAUAUCCGCAGGCAUUUACGUAUCCAUCAUUGUCGACUCGAGGAGACGCUGGAAAUCAGCCAUCAGAGUCUUAUCAUCUGACGAAUCUGUAGUCUGGGGAGAUAUCGUUACUCUAUCAUCCUAUGAGUCACCUGUAUUAUCAAUGGAGAUCAGAGCGUCCUACGAGGUCGGUCGAAUGCUGGGCAAUGGGGAACUCAUUGGACAACUUGAAACAUCGUGGGAUGAGCUACUCGAUCAUGGAAACGAGCCAUUCGAACUGUCCUUCCCACCUGUUCGUGGUGUCAAUCCUUCGCUCAAGCUAAAGGCUGUUGUCGUACACGCUCGUGAUAAUCAGGACGGCGCGCUGUUUGAUUCCCUCAUAGACUGUGAGAUUGCUCGAGACACAGAUGCGGGCCACGCACAAUAUGCCGUAUAUAUUUCCAGCGGGACGGUCUAUCAUUGGCACCUGAACGAUGCUGUCCAGAACUUUCAGUUGGUUCUGUAUUGCUGUCCUGUCAACCAUCCUGACCACGCAGCGGCUCUCACCAACCUCGCGUUGGCCCGUCUUGAAGGCUAUAUUCAAACUAGUGUUCAAGACAUUGAUACAACUACUUCCCUCCUCCGCGAAGCCCUUGCAUUGCGUCCGCAGGAGCCCUCCCCCGUCUACAUUCACGAAUCUGUGGAACUGUGCCGCAAGCUACUGCCCCUCUGUCCAGAGGGCACCUACCUUCGUAGCAAGGGCGCAGACAGUGCAAUCGAUUAUGUGAUCAGUGAAUGCAACGAACUUCCAAUCGAUUCAUCUGACGAAGGCAUCCGCAUUCGACGAGUCGCGCUCGAGCUCUGUCCUCUGGGCCAGAAAUACCAUCCAAGAGCACUUGACAAUCUUUCAUGUGCUCUCAGCGUACGCUUUAAACAACAUGGAAGCACUGAUAACAUAGACGAGAGCAUACGACUUGGUCGUGAAGCUGUUUCUCUGUGCCCCGAGGGACAAUCUGGCCGUGAUUUCUACUUGAAUAACUUGGCCGUCUCACUGAAGUCCCGCUUUGAUCACCAAGGAAAAUAUCAUGACCUUGAUGAGGCCAUCUCUUGGCACGAAGCAGUGCUGUGCAUGCGCCCUGUUGGGCACGAAGUUCGUGAUUAUUCGUUGGUCAACCUAGGGGACGCCCUCCACACCCGUUCCAACAUAAACAGAGACAUUGAUGGCAUCAACCGAGCUGUCGGCCUCCAUCGCGAGGCACUGACGUUGCGCCCACCUGGGCAUCCACAUCGUGACACCACACUCAACAACCUUUCCAACGCGCUCCUUUGCAGAUAUGGCACAUUGCACGUCAUCGAGGAUCUCAACGAGGCCAUUGAUCUUCAUCAUGAAUCACUUCGGAUAAGGCUGCUUGACCAUCCAAAGCGCCAUGUAAGUCUUUGCAAUUUGAGCUCGGCUCUCUGCUCUCGUUUCACGCGAACCGGGAAGAAUGAAAAUGUCGAGGAGGCCAUUUGGCUCUGCCAAGAGUCGUUGGAGGCCCUACCUUCACUGCACCCCGCCCGGUUUUUCAGCUACAUGUGUCUGAAGAAUGCCUUCAUGUCUCGUUAUGAUAUAGAGCACAACCCCGCCGACUUGUCGAUCGCUGUAGAGAACUUCAGAUUGGGAUCACGACACCCCACUCAAGGAUUCCCACACCGCAUCUUACAGGCAUAUUUUUGGACUGUUGCAGCUGAGCAACAUUGUCAUGGAUCCGCACUGGAGGCUUACUCGACGUGUUUCGAGCUUCUAGAUUCUCAUUUAGGAACACGAUCAUCAACCACUUCGCGGCGCGAAGCUGCCUCUGCCUUCUAUUAUGCCAUAUCAUUACCUGUAGAUGCAGCAUCGUAUGCCAUCCACCAUGACAAUCUCCGACAUGCAGUUGAACUGGUGGAGCAGGGCCGUGGUCAACAGUGGUCGUUGGCCUCUCGACUCAAGACUCCAGUUGAAGACCUCGAAUCGGGACAUCCGGAUCUAGCCCACAAAUUUUCUGAGCUGAGCGAGCGCGUUUCCAAUGCUGCUCAAGGUUCUGCAACUAUUGCCGACAGAGCUGCGGCUGAAGUAGCGGACACAAAGUACAGGAAAAUCAUGGCGGAAUGGGAAGCUGUGGUAGCUGAGAUACGCAAUCUUCAAGAUUUCUCGCGGUUCUUGCUCCCACCUUCGUAUGAAGACUUGCAAGCGGCAGCGCGCCAUGGCCCGGUCGUCAUCCUCAUUGCCAGCAAAUACUCCUGCAGCGCUAUUGUUGUCCCAACGUCAGGAGAGCCUCAUCAUGUUCACAUCCCGCGCAUCACUCUACCACAUCUAGAGAAGCUCAAGGACGAUUUCGCCACGGCAAUCCGGCAUACGGCUCGUAUGCGCCCAGAGGAACCGAGGAAGAAGUUGCGGGUGCUCUUGCGGAUAGUGUGGGAUGAGAUCAUACUACCCAUCGUUAACGUCCUCCAGCAUGGCCUAAAAUUGCAGCAUCAGUCUCGAAUAUGGCUGUGUCCGACGGCAGCCUUCACGUCUAUCCCUCUCCAUGCAGCUGACCCCUUCCGAAUGAACGCAGAUCGCUCUGGGAAGGAGUCAUGCCUGGAGGAUCUCUACAUCUGCUCUUAUACGCCCACACUUUCAGCUCUUAUUAGAGCUCGGCAGACGAUGAAGACGCGUGCGACUCCGUCCUUCGCGGCGAUCGGACAAAGUCAACCGUGCGCAGGGCAAGGCGACGUGCUCCCGGCUGUCGACGGCGAACUUGAGCUUGUGCAUACACUCGUUCCUCCUAACAUCAAGUUCACCAAUCUUUCGAAAGACGAGGCUACACAAGCAGGUGCGCUCAACGCUUUGCGGUGCAAUACCUGGGUGCACCUCGCUUGCCACGGCAAGCAGGACCUCGAGCAGCCUUAUAACUCAUGUUUCGCUAUGAGAGACAAACCCGUUACGCUGCUCGACAUCAUGGAGAACAACUCUCCGCAAGCUGAAUUCGCAUUCUUAUCGGCCUGUCAUACCGCUGUCGGCGAUGAGGAGACACCCGAUGAAGCCAUCCACCUCGCAGCUGGACUCCAGUUUUCGGGGUUCAAGAGCGUCGUUGGCACGCUGUGGGGGGUCAGUGACGCUCUCGCAAAACACGUUGUGGAAGCUUUCUACGAGAAAAUGUUCGAGGAUCUGGAGGACGGUGUCGUAGACUGUACGAAGGCGGCCUGGGCACUCAACCGCGCUACACACGCCGUGAUAACGAAAGUGCCGCUCGAGCAGAGGAUGGUGUUUAUUCAUAUCGGUGUGUAGUUCUACAUAUGUCAUAUUGCUUGGUCUGGGCAUGUUCACGAGUUAGUUAUCUGCAAUCUUGUUUUGUCCCUUUUUCAUAGUCACUGUGACUCUGAUACUCUUGCGCUCCCGUUAUCUCGUUUUUAUAUCCUCUUUCCUGU